GGAUUUUGAGAAUGAGCACCAGUGCAUUGGUUGCGGAGAAAGUGUGGAAUGAUAUCGAAUCAACUCAUUCAGUCAGCGAUGAGCAACUCUCCAUAUUGCAUUUCUUGUUUGGCAAAAAUUUGGAUCGAGCAAUGAGAAUAGUUGAUCAAAGAGGUGUCAAAAGGAUGUUGGGUCACCCCAGUGGCCGUUCCAUCUUUCAGGUUGUAGGAGAGUCAAAGAGGAAGGAGGAAUAUUUAUGCUUUCCACAACAUUAUUGUGCUUGUUAUUCCUUCUUCUAUGACAUUGUAAACAGAGGGGAACAACUUUGUUGUAAGCAUCAAUUAGCUGCCAGACUUGCUUCAUCCUUGGGAACAUGUAUUGAUGUUAAAAUGUCUGACCACGACCUUGCUCUCAUGCUCUCCCACCUUUGAAUCUCCAGGUUGAAGCAACAUCUUGUCCUAAAAGAAAUGCAACCAUCAUAUGCUUUUAUAGUUCUCAAUGAUGAAGAUUAUUGGACUUUGGAAUUACUUCUUUGUUUUAAGAGGACCACAUUCUCUUGGAUUUAACAACAAAGUAAUCAGAUCACACCUAAAUGUACUUUUAACUAUGUUGCCAAAAGAGAGAUCAAUAUCUGAUCUCAUUUGUUUGGUUGAUGUACAUAGUAAAGAAAACAUCUGGUAAUAUCAUUGUUUCAUAAACAUCUAAAUCUGUCAAUGUUCCAGAAAAUUAUAGUUGUUAUACAUAGAUAUUAUCAGAUGAGGAAACUACUUUGUAUUGCUUUCAAAGAAAAGUAGCGGAUGCAAUUCGUAAGUU